CCUUAUGACGUAAGACUAAGAACCUCACUUGGCAAAAUGGCGGAGUACGCAAACCUCGAAGACUGGCGCUUUGAUUUAAACUCGCAUCCCAUUUUUGAGAAGUUGCGGUCAAAUCCACCUAGAAAUGGCAGAAAUGAAAGAAUCAACCCUGAAAAUUUGAUAUUUGUUAACGAUGGUCAAAUUUACGUGUGGGAUAAUGAUGCAGCGAGGCUUCUAACGGCAAAUCUCCGAGACGUCCUCGUCCAAGAACAAGCGCAUCAGUGCAACACACUACAGGUUCUCUUGUGCAUCAAUGCCCCUGUCUUUGAUGUUGAACAUAUAAUACCAAGUCUUUGUGGAGAGAAUGUCUUGCUGUAUGGUAGGAAAGGAGCCAGUGUAUUGGUGCUUCCUCGGAGACAUGGCAAGCAUGGAUUGUUUGAAGGAGGAAAGGCACAGAUUAAUUGCAGGAUUACACCAAUAGCUGAGAGGCUCUUCAUUUCUAAUACAUCACUAUGUCUGCUGAAGGCUGCCUGGUACCCAGGGAGCGAAAAUGAUAUGCAUCUAUCAAUUCUUACUUCAGACAACUAUUUCAGACUGUAUGACAUUACUUCACCACUGAAACCAGUCCAAACCCAUCGACUGGGAUCACAUGCUACCAGCUUUGCCUUGUCUUCCUCUCACUCCACGUUUGACGCUGCACUGGGUGAAAUCGCCAUCACCUUUGAUUAUGGCCCGCCCUCUCUAGUCCAGGCCAACACAGUGUACAGAGGGGCGGGAUCAGAGAGCUUUAUAUACCCUGUCUUCAUCCUUAGAGGCAAUGGGGAUAUCUAUGUGCUGAAUACAAGUUUGACAGAUGUUAGAUAUUCACACACCAAGCUACUUGGACCUCUGCCCAUGCACCCCCCUGCAGAGGAUAACUAUGGCAUGGAUGCAUGCAGUCUUUGUUGCCUUGAAAGUCAACCACCUGUCCUUGUUGUUGCUACCACUUCAGGCCUUCUUCACCACUGUAUCCUUGUUGCGGGUGAAACAGAUGCUGACGAUGACAGUACAAGCAUCCAUUCUGGUGACACAUCGAGCAUAGCUUCACUUGGACCAGGUGACAGUGAAUUCUCUCUGUAUGUAUACGAGACUGUAGAACUGACAAGGUGUCCUGUAACAGUGGAAGAUUAUGAUAGCGACAUAUCCUAUCCCAUCAUGCUUCAUUCAGAUCCUUCAUCAUGUAAGAGAUACUUCUGUUCUCACAGCGGUGGAGUACAUAGUGUCAUCUUGGCCUGGCUAGACAAACUUGAAAAAUUUUGUAGUAAUGGAGGAGAUGAAGAGGAAGAGACUAUACAUGAAGUCAACCAGGAUCAUCCCUGUAUAUUAAGGCACAUGAUUUGCACCAUGCCCUCUGAAACUUGUGCUCCAUCUCCUAUUUUGGGUGUGGCAGUCAUCAUCGAUCAGUUGCUAGGCAACAAUCUCAUAUGCUUGACUCACAACAGGGAAUGUAUGAGCACACCACUUGUCCCCAUAGAAGCUUCUACCCCACCCCCGCUGAUGUCUGAAGGGAGGGGUGAUGAGCCUCCAGUGUCCCCCCUCAGGCAAGCCAACCCAGAACCAUUCCAGAAGUACAUCAAGAGACUCCUCCAGAGAAACCAUUCCAAUCCUAUUCUCAAGACGAGUAGUAAGACGCAGCUCAAUCUUGAUGAAUGCUUCCAGCUGCUCCUACGAGCCACCAAGACACUGCGAGAGGAAUAUAUUCAUAAGCAAGAUACGGUUAAGGAAGAGAUUGAGAAGAGAGUCAAGAUCCUGAAACAACAGAAACAGCAGCAGUUGGCAGAUCUUGCAGAGUGUCAGCAAUUAAAGGGAGAUAUCAGCAUCAAAGCAGAGGAGUUAGCUGAGAGGUAUAGUGAUGCAGAGGAAAAACAGGAAGAACUUCUUAACAGGGUGGGGGUUGUCCUACACACGCUACAGAGUCAGCUUCCCAUCCUAUCUGAGGCUGAACAAGGUAUGAGAACAGAGUUAGAAUCAAUGCAGAACAAGAUUGAACACCUCAAGACCUCACUUAAGCAGGUGAAAGCUAAAAACAUCUAUCAGCAGAAGUAUGCUGAGAAACAACAAAAGAUUAAAGCACCACCAUCUUUGAGUCAAGCCCAAGAAAAACAGCUGAAAUCACUACUCAAAGAGCAAACUGAGGAAAUUGCAACUCUCAUUUCAGAAGUUCAGAAUAUCUCAAUAGCGGUUGGGCCAUGAGCUGAAAUUACCAGUCAAUCAAUUGUUAUAUACAGGGCUUCAUUCCAUAAAACCCUUUUCCUCAUCAACAUAGGACAAUAAUAUCGUAACAGCUUCUGAAAUCAUUGCAUUUUGAUUGGUUUAGAGCAAGUGUAGGGAAAUUGGAGAGUAUUUGUGAAACAUGGCCCUGUUGGUGGAUAUGCAUGUAUGUAUAUAUACACUGACCAAAAAAGCCCAAAUCACUCUUUUAAGUUAUAUGGAUUUCAAAUGGAAAAGAAAACAAAUUACAAAGACAUAAAAUGUUUCAAAUGGGCCUUUGAUUACCAAUACAGUCAGUUUCAAUAAGGACAUAUAUAGUAUGCCUGCCAAUGAGUUUAUUGUUGGAAUGCUCCCUUGGGAGUGGAAGAAAUGCAUACAUUGUGUGCUGGCAUGCCAGGAUCCAAUGAGCGGGGUAAUAAUAAUUGUAUGUAAAGCACUUAUAAACGCAAAGUAUUAAGUGCUAUAUCCAGUUGUGUUCAAAAGUUAGUGAAUCCCAGUACAAUAUACAUCCUUUUUGCUUAGUGUUAAAUGGAGACUAUGUUCGGCAAACCGCAAGAAAAAAAACUUUAUUCAUGUAAUAUUUUAUCACAUGACUUCAGAAAUAAUUAAUAUAUGGCAGAACAUGAACAGUUUAAAUAUAUGCUCAUAUUCUGGUGGGGUUCACUACCUUUUGAGCACCACUGUAAAGUAACUAUUAUUAUAUAAUGAAUGGAUGUUUUCUUGAGUGAUUUAUUCACAUUUGUAUGAUGUUGGACAUUACUAUGAUUCCGUAUUUUGAAUUCUUCUUAGAUACUAGCAUGAAGGCCAUACUGAUACAGUUUAUUCAUGCAAAUGUAGAAUUUUUUAUCCCCCUUCCAAACAAAGUUUGAAGGGGGUAUAUAGGAAUCAGUUUACGGUUGGACAGUUGGUCAGUUGCCUAUCUUGCACAUCAAACCACUUUCUCAAAUUUUAACCAAUUCUCUUGAAAUUUGGACCACACAUUGCAUCUUGGGGUAAUGAUGUGCAAGACACAUUUUUUGUACGUGUUGAAAAUUGUGUGGCCAUGGUAACGGCAUAAUAUACCAAAAAUUAGGUACAAAUCUUGCACAUCAAACUAAUUACUCAAUUUUUAACCAAUUCUCUUGAAAUUUAGACCACACAUUCGUCUUUGGGUAAGAUGUGCAAGACACAUUUUCAGUAUGUGUUGAAAAUUGUGUGGCCAUGGUAACGGUAUAAAAUGCCAAAAAUUAGGUGCAGCAGCAGAGGUAUUGAUCACCUCCAGUGUUAAUUCUAGUUUUGUAUCAGGCAGAGCAUUGAUGAAGAGAGUACAUGUAUCUAUGCUCUACAGCAUACUCAAACAUUUUAUUUCAGCAAAAGUCUGACCGGUAUUAAGAAUAGAAACUCAUGGUAAAGAGGGAGGGGGGGGGGGGGUAAGAUUAACAGAAACUCUCUUUGCACCUAUGUACACAACUGAUGCAAAGUUUUGAGUUGGGUGGUAGGAAUUGUAUGCUCAGCCCGAGUUUUGCUUCAUAUCUUAUAGGCUUUUUAUAGGCUGUCCAUGAAACCUAGAUGGAUUUCAAUGAAAAAAAAAUUGUUAAGAAGACAUGCUACGUUCAAGUCAUUUUGAUGGCUCAGAGAACCUUGCCACAUGCUGUGUUUUCACUUUACUCCAUUCAUCAAUUAGAUUAUUUUCAUGGCAGGGAAUAAUUUUGCUUUACAAAUUUGAAUAGCAUUUUU